CUCACCCUCUCUGCUUUCAUUCAUUGCAUUCUUCUCAUUUCUCUCUUUCCUCUGCAUCCCCACCUUCAUCACUUUCUUUGAUAAUCUAACUACGCUAUCAAUCAUUCAUCCAUAUAACAAUGGAUUGCUUAGAACUCUACAAACAGAGGAAUUUGAAAGAGGAAGGAGAAGAAGAAGAGGUGACACUUGAUGGGAGUGUUGAUUGGAAUGGACGCCCUGCUAUCAGAUCCAAAUCUGGAACAUGGGUUGCUGGAACUAUCAUACUCUUGAACCAAGGGUUGGCAACUUUAGCAUUCUUUGGGAUUGGAGUGAACUUGGUUCUGUUCCUAACAAGGGUGAUGGGGCAGAAUAAUGCUGAUGCUGCUAAUAGUGUGAGCAAGUGGACUGGCACUGUUUAUAUCUUCUCUCUUGUUGGGGCUUUUCUUAGUGAUUCUUAUUGGGGAAGAUACAAAACUUGUGCUAUCUUUCAGGUCAUCUUUGUCAUGGGUCUAAUAUCCUUAUCUCUAUCAUCGUACCUAUUCUUGAUUAGACCUAAAGAUUGUGGGAAUGAGACAGUUGUAUGUGGGAAACAUUCAAGCAUGGAGAUGGGGAUGUUCUACCUCUCAAUCUAUCUCAUUGCUCUAGGAAAUGGAGGAUACCAACCAAACAUUGCAACAUUUGGGGCUGAUCAAUUUGAUGAAGACCACUCAAAGGAAGGUUAUUCAAAAGUGGCCUUCUUUAGCUACUUCUACUUGGCUUUGAACCUUGGUUCCCUCUUCUCAAACACAAUUCUGGGCUACUUUGAAGAUGAAGGAUUGUGGACACUUGGAUUUUGGACAUCUGCAGGGUCUGCCUUUGCUGCCCUGCUCUUGUUUCUCGUCGGCACGCCCAGAUAUCGACACUUUAAGCCUUGCGGCAACCCUCUUUCCAGGUUUUGCCAAGUCCUUGUGGCGGCCUCAAGGAAGUGUGGAGUUCAAAUGACACCAAAUGGAGAUGACUUGUAUGUCUUGGAUGAAAAGGAAUCUCCCAACAAUGGCAAUAGAAGGAUUCUUCACACCCAUGGAUUCAAGUUUCUGGAUAGGGCGGCAUUUAUUUCUUCAAGAGAUCUAGAGGACAAAAAAGGAGGCAUCAACAACCCUUGGCACCUUUGUCCUAUAACUCAAGUUGAAGAAGUGAAGUGCAUACUAAGGCUUCUUCCAAUUUGGCUCUGUACCAUUAUAUACUCAGUGGUUUUCACACAAAUGGCAUCUCUCUUUGUGGAGCAAGGCGCUGCCAUGAAAACAACAAUCUCCCAUUUCAAAAUACCCCCAGCAAGCAUGUCCAGUUUUGACAUCCUUAGUGUAGCUGUCUUCAUUUUCUUCUACCGUCGAGUGCUCGAUCCGCUUGUCGGGAAACUCAAAAAGACAAGCUCCAAGGGACUUACAGAGCUUCAAAGAAUGGGAGUUGGCCUUGUUAUAGCCAUAAUGGCGAUGGUUUCGGCCGGAAUAGUCGAAUGCUAUAGGCUUAAGUAUGCAAACCAAGGAUGUCUCCAUUGUAGUGGCUCAAGCUCUCUAAGCAUCUUCUGGCAAAUUCCUCAGUAUGCUCUUAUAGGAGCUUCAGAGGUUUUCAUGUAUGUAGGGCAACUAGAGUUCUUCAAUGCUCAAACCCCAGAUGGAUUAAAGAGCUUUGGAAGCGCACUUUGCAUGACAUCAAUCUCAUUAGGGAACUAUGUGAGUUGCUUACUAGUUAGCAUGGUUAUGAAGGUCUCAACUGAGGAUCACAUGCCAGGGUGGAUCCCUGGAAACCUUAAUAGAGGUCACUUAGAUAGGUUUUACUUUCUCCUCGCCGCUUUAACAUCCAUAGACUUGAUCGCUUAUAUUGCCUGUGCCAAAUGGUUCAAAAGUAUACAAUUGGAAGGGAAGGAUGAAGAUGAUGAUCACCAUACAAGUUGCAAAGUGUGAAUCCCAUGGGCAAUCUAUGUUUGGAUUCUGUCUAUAAAACACAACUACAGAAACUCUUAUGACAGUAUCCAAACGCAAUUUAAUAGAUAAGAAAUAUAUAUAAAUAAGAGAAAGAAAGUAACCAGUCAAAGUAACUUAGACAUGGGAGGGAGAAAGUUUUGGCUGGUUAUAUAGUAAGUGGAGUGGAGCCCUUUUACCCGAGCCUCUUACAAAUGUACUUCUUGGUUUUGCUACCCCAACUAAAGGUUUUUGGUUUAUGUUCUUGCAGAACCUUAGUUGUGCAAAACUUAACUUUGAAGAGGCAAUGAUAGUUUUAGGGCCACUUUGAGCUUCCUUGCUUUCUUAUUUGUUAAGUGUGAUUGCUAACAAAAAGUGAAUGAAUGUCAAUUUUAUUUUAUUUUUUAAAUUUACA